GUAGACAAAUCAGGCGCGCCUAUAUGAUAACUACAGGAAAUGUGUCUCGUACAAACUUAUACUUAUUGUUGUAAAUGUCAUAAAAUAAUGGACAGUUUCCAAAAAUAUCAAUUCAAAGGGAGGGAAAUCGGAUUAAUUUAUACACGGAUAUAAUAAAUCGAACUUACUUUCAUUUUAAAACACGGACGGAAUUUUCAUAAGAAGAUAAAGGUAAUCUCAUUAUCAGAAAGACUUAAUUCAUACCAUAUCAACUGUAAUUCACCAGCUUUUGAUUCAAUUUCAAAUACAGUCAUUGUGAUGAUGAAGUGUCUUAUUACAAUAUAUCUAAGCUUUGUGAUCUAUGACGAAAUAACCAUUGCAGAAUCGACUUGUGAAGGAAAAGAUGGUGUCAUUUGCUGUUAUGGAUACAAAUGGAGCGAACAAUACAAAACCUGUAUCAAAUGUUCUUCGGGCUACUUAGGACUAAAUUGUUCUAAAGUUUGUCCCUACCCCACCUAUGGUGAAAGAUGCAGCAGGAAAUGCAAUUGCGAGAGACAUACAUGUCAUCAUGAGGUCGGAUGUGUCAACAAAUUUGAGAACACGUUCAAGCACUCGGAAUCCGCUAAACGAAACACUACAUCACGCGGGUUCACUCACAAAAACCACAUUACAUCUCGCUCUACAGUCUCGCCAUCCACUGCCAGAAGUCAGGCAGCUGAAGCCACUGAAUCUAACUAUCCUUCAUCUAUGGAGGAAAAAUUGAGAUUAAUCAUCAACAGAUUAUCAACUAAUCCACAAAGCCAAACGGGCAGAAGGUUACAAGUUCCUCUACAGAUAGGCAUGGCGUCGACACUAUUGCUUCUUUUUGUUUUGAUUGUUGUAUACCUGGUCAAAAGGGGAGCGAAAUGUGGCAUACCUUUAAAAUCCAAGUCAUCAAAAAUACUAUCGGAAGAUUCCGAUCCUUACCUUUAUUUGGAAGACAUGGAGCAAUUGUCUCCAUCUGGCACCCCUAUCUUCAAUGGACUUGCAGAAGUACGGAUGAACUACGAUGAUGAACAAAAGCUGUAUACACUGGGACUUCGAACACAAUCUGUCAGAGGGGAAGGACCCACCACUCACGAGAUUACAAAUCAUAUUCAAUGGAAUGGAGCGGUGCAUACCCCGGUAACGACAUCUCAUCUGACACCCACUUGUACUCCAGACCGUCCGAUGUCUGGAGAACAUAAUAAAUAUCUGGAAAUAAAAGCGUGCGCCGAAAGUCGUGAAAGCGACGAUCCAUACCUUCACGUCGUAUCUGAUGGUGGUCAAAAUAAUUACCAGCGUACUCAAUCACCAUUAGUGAAAAUAUAAAAUUCUUGUAUGCUAUUUCAAAUAUAUUGCCAAACAGAGUUUAUGAAGAACUCGGAAGAGAUAAAUGUCCGCAAUGGAGAAAGUUAUUUUAUUUGUUGUUAUACGUCCCUUCGAGAAUUUUUCACGGGAAGAUUCUAGUAUGCCGGUUCCCUAUAAUCCGCGACUGUGCAAAGGCAGUUAUUCCUCCGUUGCUAAGCGGACUGUGAACACACCACAAUUUGCAUUUCCCCUCGGAUGCUGAGACGUAAAACACGCUAAUACUUCGUGUAAUAAAAUUGAUACAAAGCCUUGCGGCGUUUGAGCAUAAUUAAGCGGUGGCUUGGGGUGGCACCUUCGACAAGUCAGGCUAAUUUAAUGAGUUAACUAUACAGAUUUUUAAAAAAAAAAUGUAUUGAUAAAAGCAGGGUAGUUAGGGGCAGUCCCAUUUCAAAGUGUCCGUUGGCCAAAAUGUCGAUAAAAACGGGGGGGGGGGGGAUAUUAAGGGGUUUUUUUCAAUACCGUACAUGCUAAAACAUUUCUUGUAGAAUGGGGGAUGAUCAAUAUCCUUUCUGAAUCCCAGAUUAGUUUCAGUGUGCUUACAUCAACAUCAGUAGUAACGUAAAUAACACACACGUGCUAAUUUCCUAAACAACGAACUCUAUCUAUUUUACAACUUAAAGCUGUAUGACCCGAUGUUCAUGUAUUAUUUUUGUACAUAAUUACUUUAAAGCAGAUUAAUUACUUUAUAAAGUUAUUAACUUUUCUUUAAUUACAUGCUUGAAAACAUCUGUAUGUAAAAGAAAACAGUGAGAAUAUUGUUUAGAACGUAAAUAUAGCGGGUACAUGUAUAAAUCAUCCCAUAAUAGACGUCUAUCAAUAGACCCACGCGCGUCAGGGGAAUCCCAACAUGAUGUAUUAACUCAUAAGCAACUGUCUAGUUUUAAGGCUGAAAGAGCGUAAAACAACGAAUUACUAAGAGGUAUUUGAUAUUUUUAUUUCUAUUAAACUUAUGGCACGGUACUGUUGAAACAAAAUACACAGAUAAGACCAACGAUGAUCUGAAAGUUUGAACUGGUCACGUGACUGUCACUUGAAAUGGCAGGGUGACUCGGUUAUUUGUAAACAUCGAUUUAAAAUCAAAUAAUUUGGGUUAAAACAGAUGAAAUAAUGUAGGAUAUGUCAUACAGCCUUAUAACUACAUACGUGCGAUGAUUUAAUAGCAUUUUUACGAGAUGGAAAAAAAAUAUUGUAAUUCGGACCAUACAGCUUUAAACUGCACGUCUUUUUUGCAUUCUGUUUUUAUUUGGAAUUUCAAAAAAAUGUGUUUAAAAACAGCUUUUUUUAAAAACUUCAUUUGACACAAGGAAUUCAAAUUUGGGCUUUAAAAUUUUGCGGUUUUUUUUACCGUUUUAACAUUUUACCGAUCGCUCACACUAUCGUACAUAUAUAUCAAACCACCAUCGAUGGCACUUAUUUUAGCGCCAUAUUUUGGGGACCGGUAUACUAGACAUUUUCACUCAUACGGAGUGUCACCAGCUUUUGAUGGAGUGCCACAAACUUUUACUUGUGCAACUCAACAAUCGCAGUAGCUCAGUUGUAAUUCGUUUUGUAACCGGAGGUAGUGAGUUCGAUACUUGAUUUUUUCAUGGCCGCGUCAUACAUAAAACUACAUGAUUGCUCCUUUGCUAAACAUAGGUAUUUAGAAGUGAGAGUCACGGGUCAUUUAGAUAUGACCUUAAAAAUGGAGUUCCCGCAUUGCGUCUGGCGUUGGCACGUUAAAGAAUUCGCACUUCGUCGGCUCUGAGCGCUAAACAUGGGUCUGACGUAGUACUUAACCUAGAGCCGGUGACUACUCCAUACGAGUAAAAAUUUCUCAAAGGGACGUAAAACAAACCUGUGCACAUCGACCGUGGCAGUGAAGAUUCGUGAUCAUGUGAACAGUUACCGUGUAACGCGACCUCCGUUUUUAAUGGAAACGUGGGGUAAUUUGUACAUAAUUUUUUUUAACUGUUUGGGGUUGGUGGGUGAGGGUUUUUGGAUGGUUGAUUGAUUUAUUGUAUACCCCAUCAUGCAAACAAUUAAUCAAACAUUUCUUAUUUGUAUUUGUGUGAUUCAGUUUGUUUUAUACGCCAGGCUUUAGAAUUAUGGUACAGCGAUGUCUGUACGUCCGUCCAUCCGUCCGUCCGUUAGGGGUUUUCCGUUUCUAAUUUCAUAUCUCUGUCACAUACCAAGCUGAAAAUUACUAUGUAUCUUCUUUGUGGAUCACUCUAGAUUUUGUUGCAAUAUUGACCUCUCUUGUAGGAGUUUUACCCCUUUAUUUGAAAGUUAUUGCUAUAUGGAGGGUACUUAAUUUGUCCGGCUAACUCCUCCUACAAUUUUCAGGUGAGGACCAUCUUGUUUUACAAAGUGUAUGGACAUGUGGCAAGGAUUUUUAUUUUCUUCAAUUUUUGAGAAAAUUACAGGUUGUUGAACUUAAUCCGUUUUGAGACAAUAUUGCAAAGAUAGUACAUGAUUUGUUCAGUGACCUCCUCCCACAGUUUUCAAGUGAAAACCUUUUUUCACACACUGUUUAUAUAGGUUUUAUGUGGCAAGGAUUUUGAUUUCCUUCAAUUUUGAAGAAACUUACAGGCUAUUGAACUUAGUCAGUUUUAUUACAUAGAGAGUACAUGAUUUUUCUGUUUUUCUUUCCAUAGUUUUCAAGUAAGGAUCUUAUUUUAAAGGGUAAGGAAGAUGUGCAUGUGGCAAGGAUUUUGAUUUUCUUGAAUUUUAUGAGAAAAUUACAGGCUAUUGAACUUAUUUUGUUUUCCUCUUACAGUUUUCAAGUGAGGACCUUCUUAUCUUAAAGAAUAUUUGAAUUGAUAUAGAAGAUGUGCAUGUUGCAAGGAUUUUGAUUUUCUUUAAUUUUGAAGAAAAUUACGGGUCGUUGAACUUAGUCCUUCUUUUAGGGAAAAUUCAUAUUAUGCAAAGAGUAUAUGACACGGCCUGAUGAUGGCUGAUACUACCUGAAGCAAAGUUCUACAAAUUAUGGCUCAAGAAAAAAAAACUAUGUAAGCGUUUUGUCGGGCGUAUUAUGUGCCGUUUGCGGUAAUCUUGGUUAUUUGUAUACCCCACUCAACAAAGUUGCGGAGGGUAUAAUGUUUUUUACCCGUCCGUCAGUCCCUUUCUUUUCAGCGCAACUCCUCUGAGACCGCUCAGCAGAAUUUCGUGAAACUUUGUAGUUACAGUGUAAUAAGGACUAACUGUGUAGAUGGAUGUGCAUAUUUCCAGGAAAUUCUUAUUCAAUAAUUUUUCUGGGAGGUAUGCCCCUUUUGAACUUAGAAUUUCGAGCCCGUCUGUCCUGUUCUUGUUAGCGCAACUCGUCUGAAUCCGCUCAACAGAAUUUUGUGAAACUUUGUAGUUAAUAAGAACACAUUGUGUAGAUGUGCAUAUUCCCAGGUAUUCUGAUUCAAUAAUUUUUCUUAGAGUUGUGCUCCUUUUGAACUCAAGAUUUCUAGCCGUCUGUCCUGUUCUUGCAGUAAUGCAUAGCAUUACCAUUCAUCAUGUGAGGCAUUGUCAAUCAAUGUUGGAGCGUGGGGUAUGUGAGCUUGCUCAUCUCUGCUUUUUUUCAAUUUAAAUGAAUAUAAAUUUUGUGUUAAGCUAAAAGCACGCUAGCGUAGCACAGUGCUUUAAUCCAGACAUUAAAUGCAAUGGAAUAGCAUAUGAUUAUCAAUGACAAAAUUAUGUAAAUAAUUUAACAUAGCAUUGCUCUCCGCACCAACAAUAACAAAAUGUAUUCGUUUUCUCGUUUCUUUUUUAUGCUUAUACAUAUAUGAAAUUGUAACUACAUUGUAUAUAGUUUAAGCUAAAUAUCACAAUUAGUACUUGUGCCUUUGUUUAUCAGUUUGUUUUUGUUAUAAUUUUUCUGUAUUUUAAGAAUGCAAGCUUCUGUCUCAUUUGUUUUGUAUCCUGAUUUAGUAUGUUGUUUGUUUGGUUUACGUCUUUUCUAGAAUUUUUCGCUUAUAUUGAAACGUCACAAGCUGUAGGUGAAGUACCACAAAGUUAGACCUAUGCUUAGCGCUCAGGGUCGUAACUGUGGGUGUUUUUAAUGUACCAACGCCUGCCGAGACAUGAGACUCUGUUUUAAUGUCAAUCUAAAAGACAUGUGAUUCUCACAUGUUCUCACCUCGAGUAUAUCCAGGGGUUCGUGUUUGCGCAAGUCUUAAUUUGUAUUCCUUAUAGGAGUUAUGAGAUUGAUCACUGUUCGUUAGCUUCACCUUUUCAAAAUACCAAGAAUUUGGUGACGGAACAAUCACUAAGUACUUUGUUUACGUCGUAGGUUUGACGAAGCCAUGACACGAGGGGAAUUGAACUCACGACCUUCCAGUUACACGACCUCACGUGACUUCAUCAUGACAUCUACCAAAUCAUGUCAUGAAAUAAAUAAAGCAGGGAUAGAAAAUAAUUCCUAGUGGAGUUAUUUAGAAUCAUUCAGAUACAGUCACGAAAAGGUUCCUUUCAAUGUACGUUUCUAAAUGCAGUACACUGUUUCCAUUUUUGAUAAAGUUGAAAUGCUGAACGGAAGUUUUCGUCCACUACUCGCCUUAAUUGUUACAAUAUUUGUUUCCUUGUUAUUAGUCAUAUGAUACAACAUAUUUUACAAAGUGUUGGAUAAUUUAAUUUCUUUCUUAAUUGAUAGUAUGACCGAAAAGGGAAAAAACCAGUGCUGAUCUAAUUUUGUAUGUCCUUACAUGAAAUGCCGACUUUAGCAACUCACAUAUGGAAAUAAAACUAUGUCUUGAUAAAGUAA